UGAUGGAAGUGAAAGAGGAGAGUCAAGCUGAAGUGGAUGAGAAACAUCAGAUUGUAAAAAUAAAUCAUAAUGUUUCACAGAAAGAAACUCUGAAGACAGAAGACAUAAAGUGUGAAAAUAGUUUCAGUGAAGAUGAACGCCCUGAAGAUCACAAGAGGACUCACAGUGAGGAGAAACCUUUAACAUGUCAACAGUGUGGAAAGAGUUUUAGAACAAAAGUUUACCUUAAAACACACAUGAGGAUUCACACUGGAGAGAAACGACACGUGUGCCAUCAGUGUGGAAAGGGUUUCACAAGUAAAGGCAAUCUUAAGGCACACAUGGCAGUUCACACUGAAGGAAAACCGUUCACUUGUCAUCACUGUGGAAAGAGUUUAAAACUUGAGCGUAACCUUAAGAAACACAUGAAAUGUCAUUCUGGAGAGAAACCUUACACGUGUCACCAGUGUGGAAAGAGUUUCACAUUUCAAACGAGCCUUAACCGGCACAUGAAAACUCACAGCGGGGAAAAGCCACACGCGUGCCAUCACUGUGACAAGAGGUUCCCAGAUACAAGUAAACUUAAGAUACACGUGAGGACUCACACUGGAGAGAAACCUUACACUUGUCAUCUGUGUGGAAAGAGUUUCGGAAUAAAACCUAACCUUAAAGUACACAUGAGGAUACACACUGGAGAGAAACCUUACACGUGUCAUCUGUGUGGAAAGAGUUUUACAUUUCAAUCGAGCCUUAACCAUCACAUGAAAACUUGCAGUGGGGAAAAGCCACACGCGUGCCAUCAUUGUGACAAGAGGUUCCAAUAUACAAGUGAACUUAAGAUACACGUGAGGUCUCACACUGGAAAGAAACCACAUGUGUGCCAUCAGUGUGGAAAGAGUUUUACAAGUGCAAGUGUCCUUAACAGACAUUUGAGAAUUCACACUGGAGAGAAACCUUACACAUGUCAACUAUGAAAAUUCACAGUGGGGAGAAGACACACGUGUGCAAUCACUGUGAAAAGAGUUUCCCAUAUACAAGUAAACUUAAGAUACACAUGAGGUCUCACACAGGAGAGAAACCUUACACUUGUCAUCACUGUGAAAAGAGUUUCAUAAGAAAUCAUUACCUUAAUGAACAUCUAAGAAUUCACAAUGUCUGUAUUUGUGUUCUUGUGAAACGUCCAACAGGUGAAACGCCCAAGUACUGUUCCAAUUCGAAGUUUGCAUCAAGUCAAGUUCACUUAACAUCUCAGGAUGUGUUCUUGAUCUGCUCAUUUAAUUGAGGAUGCAUCAGGAGGUGACUUGUGUGGACUUACGACAGCCAAGUUUCCCAGAAUGCAUUUUGUGUCAACGGCAUUGAAGCUUAAAACCGGCACAAUAUUUGAAUUAUUACUUUUUCUGUGUCAUACAAUAUAGCCAUUUAGUCAAGAAUAUAUAUCAACUUUAAAUCUCUGGUUAGUUUCAUCUGACAAUUUUGUAUAUUUGAGUUCAAGUUGAUCAGCGAGCAGUCAGUGUCGUGUACACCGCCGAGAGCAGCCUUAUUUUGGCAAGUCCUUCUGAAAUGUGCCGCUGUCUUCAGUGUCUGAUGGUCAAACAUGAAAUAUUCCCUUUGGAUAUAUCUAACUGCCAUUUUUUGUCUCAUCAAUUUAUUUCUCUUUAUUAUUCAUAUGAAGUCUGUUAUUUGUUAUUAUAGUUUUAACUGAUGUUAAAGUUAAGUUUCAUAACUUAAAUCAUAUAUUUUCUAUAGAAUCUUAACACUAGAUCACUGCCUUUGUACUUUAACUAGAUUUUUUAACUUGUAUUAACUUCAUGUUGUACAAAAGUUUUGUUAUAAUAAAUGGUUGUGUUUUAUAUCAUAUUUCAUUUUGUAUUAAUACAUUAAUCAGCGUGCGUGUUGCCUGAUCCACAUAUUCAUAUUUUCUAAAUGAAAACCAGUUGACAAAAAGAUAGAAUCCAAUGUUUGGUGAUAUUUAAAAAACCACAAGUGUAAAAGGGUUUUGAACACAGCACAAGAGUUAAACUACAAGAGCAGAAAUUGACAAUAG